AUGUCCAAGCUCAGCCUGAUCCUUCUGCUCGUCGCCGUCCUGGCCAUAGCCUCCACCCAAGCCGAUGGCGACCGUCGUCCCUGCCCCGGCCGCUGCCAAUCGCUGUCCUCCGGCGGCAAGAGCGUGUGCAUCCGCAACAAGGCCACCAAUACCUGCACCAAGCUGCGUGCCUGCCGCCUCCGCGAGAAGAACUGCCGCCGACGGGACAGUGGCCUGGAGCCGAUCCGCGAGACCUGUGUGACCCGUUGCCGCAAUAUCCUGGGCUCCAGCGGCGUGGGCCAGUGUGCUCCCCGCCUGCGUAAGGGUGUGCUCAAUGCUGCCGGCAGCAAGAGGCUGCGCAACUGCCGUAAGCCCUGCCAGGACAGCAAGAUAGCCACCUGCUGGAGGAACAAGCAAAAUGGCUGCAUUCUGCAGACCCGCUGCCAGGCCGAGCAGAGGAACUGCGAGCGUCCCAACAACCAGUGGAUGAGGGCCAGCCAGUGGAGCUGCAAGGGCAAUGUUGUGGGUGGGGGAGUGCGUCAUUGCAACGGGCGCAGCAUCAUCAAAGACUAA